GGGAAUUAGGGUUAGGGUUUUGCUAUAUAAUGAGCAACCUUUUUUAACUCCUGAGGAACCCCGGAGACCGUCCCGCCGACGCCGCCUCAGCUGCAGCAAUGGUGAAGUACUCGAAGGAGCCGGAAAACCCUACUAAGUCGGCGAAGGCCAUGGGCCGGGACCUCAGGGUUCACUUCAAGAAUACACGAGAGACAGCUCACGCAAUUAGAAAGUUGCCUCUGGCUAAGGCGAAAAGGUAUCUUGAAGAUGUUAUUGCUCACAAGCAAGCCAUUCCUUUCACGAGGUUUUGUGGUGGUGUUGGUCGCACUGCACAGGCUAAGAACCGCCAUCCAAACGGCCAAGGUCGCUGGCCCAUGAAGUCUGCUAGGUUCAUUUUGGACUUGCUGAAGAAUGCUGAGAGCAAUGCAGAUGUGAAAGGUUUGGAUGUAGAUACACUCUUCAUAUCUCACAUUCAAGUGAACCAAGCUCAGAAGCAGAGGCGCAGGACUUACCGUGCUCAUGGACGAAUUAAUCCUUAUAUGUCAUCUCCAUGUCAUAUUGAAUUGAUUUUAUCUGAGAAAGAAGAAUCUGUCAGAAAGGAGGAGGAAACUCAGCUGGCCACCCAGAAGCCGAAGAAAGGUCAAGCCCUGCGCAGCGGUGCUUCAUCCUAAACCUUAGCUCAUAUCUAGUUGGAGAUUUUGGAAUCUGCAUUGCAGUCACCUCUCGUUGUGUUGGAUUUUUUAUAAUUAAGUUGACACCAAACAUUUUGCUUAAGAUUGAUUGUACUAGCCUUUUCAUGACACUUGAGUUAUCUACAUUUACUUUGCCUUCAGACUUUUUGGUUA